AUGGCGUCUCAGCAGGGAGCUGCUCCCGUGCCGAAGAGUUCGCGCACGGCACAGCAGCCUGCAGUGCCGCCUGCAGCGUCGCCCGCACCGCCCGCGCCAUUGGCCGUCGCGGAGCUGCUCGAGGUGGAAUCGGUGCAGAGCCAGGCGGGGCAUCUGAUCAAUUGGGCAAAGGGGACGAAGGAGUACGUCGACCAUGCUCUCCUCAAGUUCCUGUCUGAGAAGCAAGCACUGGUGUCUUUCAAAGUGCCGGCCUCCGUCAUGCUCGUCCCUCCUCUGCAAAUUUCUGCCGCAGCCUCUGGCGCGCACCUGACAUCGUUUCGGGAGGUCAUGCAGUACGACAACUUGCAGUUGAGCUUCCUUAAGACGGGGCAGUACGAGGCUGCAGGGACGGUGUGGAUGCUUGACCCGCCCCCCGCCGACACGUCGGACACCGUCUCUAUCAGCCAGCUCGAUGCCGCCAUGGCGAACUGGACUGAGGAGAGGCUCUUGCUGUCUUCCGACCACCCGCCGUCGCGGCGCUACUCGUUCGACGUGCCGCUCCCAGCGCGAGUUGGCAACACCAGGGUGGCCCAGCGCAUGGCCCAAGGCGAAUCCACUGUUCUCAUGGCAACGGGAGCGCCCAUGCUGGCGGGGCAUGCGCUUGUGAUGGCGUUGUAUGGCGCCAUGGCGGAGGCAUUGUCCGCCGGCAACAGUGAUCGCGCAUUCAAGCUGUUUGAGGCAGCUUUGUCUGUGCCAAUCAGGCUGCGUCUCAGCCCCGAUCCUGACGCCUGCCAGCUGGCGUCGCUGCUGUUCUCUGAGACCGUAUUCUCUGCUUGCGCAGCCUCUGGCGCGGAUUCUUUUUGGAAGUUGGCUGAAAAGGUGAGUCGCCUGACCAAGUGCCAGAAGGCUUUGGCCGAGAACCUUUCUAUUCCGAAAUUGACCGGCGUCCUCAAGUGCUACGGGAUCACGUUCAAGGGCAACGCGCUGACCGACUCACACGCAAAGGCUUUGAAAAGCCCCACGCCUUUCGUCGGGAAUCAAGCUUGCGCCGCGGCCUACUCUUUGGCGGGGGCUUUCUGCCCCGAGCUGCGCGAACCCGCGCUGUUGAUGCGGCUGGCGCAGCUCUGCAAAGGAAGGGCGGCGCCCCCCCAGGCAGACAAGGACGCGGUCGCCUGCGACUCGAUGGCGUUCAUCCUGGACUGCUUGCGCGUUGCCCGGCUGACUGGCGAGGCCCCCAGGGGGGAGACGCUUUCUUUGAGCAAGGUCACGGGGCAAGAGAAGAAGACCCCCGCGAUGGCGCACGUGCUAUUCAAGAAACAUGAUGUCAUCGACUACAUUAUGCACGAGGCGGCGUUGAUCGACAAAGAAAUGGUGACUACAGUAUCCAUAUUUCGCACGCCGCUUUCCAUCGUGAAGCGCUUCUCAGCCUCUGGCGAGAAAAGCUUAGCUGCUGCAUUUCGGCGAGAGGAGACCUCCGAUACCAGUGGGUUGGAAAACACGUUCGCUGUCCCUGUGGCCGAAUACCGCGACCAGCAAGGCCGAGAUGCGAAGACGCAGGCGUUGAUCGACUUCGCGUGGGCGGUCUGGGCUGGCCACUUCGACGAGGAGCUCCAGGAGCUGGCCGCCCAAGACCUGCAGGUAGGUGCAGCCGCCUUCCUGUGGCACCGGUACUUCGCCGAAAGCACCAAGGAGAUGGGCGUCAAGUACCGCGCGCUGACCGCUGCUUGCUCGGCGGGCCCCAUUUCGGCUGGCACUGCCGAGGGCGCAGCCUCUGGCGUGGUCAUGGGUGCGUCGGAGCUCCAGGAGGCCGACCAGGAGGACCUCCAGAAAACCAAGGACUUGCUCUUCUCUCUUCGCAGGAAGACUGUUUCGUUCGUGGCGCUGCCGUCGGUCGGCGGAGCCACUGGCGCGGAACACAGCGCCGCCCAGUUGCAGAAAUUGUGGGAGGAGAUGCGUCUCGGACACAGGUACGCCAAGAAAAAGCAAGACGUUCGUGCGUUCGUGGUGUCGGCCGACCUGUUCGCCCCAAACGUGAGCAAGACCGGGGUGGCGGCGAGCUUGGGCGACCCCGUCGCUGUGGAUGCGGACCGUUUCGGGCGCGUGCUUGAUUUCGUCUUGCAGAAGCGUUCGGUUCACGAUAUCGUCAUUUUCCUCGAUGGGCGGAGCCGGUCGUGCCGCAAGCUGAUCGAGGAGAAAGAGGAGAGUCUCGCAGCCUCUGGCGCGCACGCUGUGACUGAGUGUUGGUGCGUGUAUGUGCAGCCGAGCAAGGAACAGGACUCCAGAGUCCCGGGAAGAAUGACUUCUUUUGCGUGCAACAGCAAGGAAGUCGCCAUCUGCUCCAUCCCGAAAAGGGGCGCCAUGAAGGUAGUGCAGCGCGCGGAGUUCAACUUGCGCGGCGAGACCACGAGUUCUGCGACGACGUACACGGGCGUGCCUAUGCGGCUUUACAGCGAGCUGCCGCGGAUGACCUACGAGACGAAGGCCUCGAUCCUGGGAAACGCAGCCGCUGGCGCGGUGAGAGGGAAGCGCGCGCAGAAAUACAUCGACGCGAACGGGCACCCCUUCUCGCACUUGGAGGUGAAGCCAUUGAGCUUUUGGCAACGGAUUUGCGAGCACCACCACAUCACGCAUAUCGUUGACUUCACGGCGGGGUCUGGCGGGUUGGCAAUCGCAGCCUCUGGCGCGAUGGAGUACGAGGGCGUGGCGGUCAACGAGGUGCACCGGGAGUGGCUCGACGCGACCUUGGACCGAUGCGCGUUGUACAUGGCGGGGCGUGACAAGAAUUUCGCCCAAAAGCUCGGCGGCGACGACGGUUUCGUUGAGAAGGUAGAGAAGUAUUUCGCGGGAGCGAUGAUGGAGGUGCGGCGCUUGCUCGAACCAGUCGCGGACGAGGAGGGCGGGGAUGGGGGGGGCUCAGACCCAGAUGAGGAGUAG